CCCCGAUGUAUUCAAGUGGUUCGGGUGUCGACUGCUCGGCCCAGUCGCAGGAAGAACAAUAGGAACAUCGUGCGAAACUCUACACAUUGCAGGCUACUCCUCUUGCUCCGCCUACAGCACACAUUGUCUGACCUCUCGUCUCACACCCAGAGGGCAACAAUCGCCUUGCGAUCGAAAUGAUCGUCGACAAAGUCUUUCUCACGAGUCGGAGAUUGGAUUUGAACGAUAAGCGCGAGGGCGAUAAGUCCAAGCGGACCAAGUUGCGCUUUCAUUUGGCAGCUGAUCGAUGCGUCUUGUCUUGCGCGCGCGGGGCUCUCAACCUUUUGCCUCCGAGGGCCAACCUCUCUAGCUCUGUCUCGCUCGAUUCUCAAGGUCGACCUCGUCGCAAACGGGAGAAGUGAUCGAGUUGUAGCGAUCUUGAUCUCUCCUCCUCCGUUCGUAUCUUCGGUAAUAGUCGGUCACCACAAAAAAGACGUCAAGAUGCCUUUCGUCAAGCUCCAGAAGAACUCUGCCUACUUCUCCAGGUUCCAGGUCAAGGCCAGGAGGAGAAGGGAGGGAAAGACCGACUACUACGCCAGGAAGCGAUUGGUCGCCCAGGCCAAGAACAAGUACAACUCGCCCAAGUACAGGUUGGUUGUCAGGUUCACCAACAAGCAGGUCAUCGUUCAGAUCGUCUACGCCAAGCUCCAGGGAGACUUUGUCUUCUGCGCUGCUUCCUCCUCGGAGCUCCCCCGAUACGGAGUCAAGCACGGUCUUACCAACUGGACCUCUGCUUACGCCACCGGUCUCCUCUGUGCCCGUCGUGCCCUCAAGAAGCUCGGCUUGGACGAGAAGUACGAGGGUAUCACCGAGCCCGAUGGUGAGAUGACCAUCACCGAGGCUUUGGAGGGUGACGACGAGCCCAGGCCUUUCAAGGUCUUCCUCGACGUCGGUCUCAAGAGGACCACCACCGGUAACCGAAUCUUCGGUGCCUUGAAGGGUGCUUCGGACGGUGGUCUCUACGUUCCCCACAACGAGAAGAGGUUCCCCGGUUACGACAUCGAGUCCAAGGAGUUGGACGCCGAGACCUUGCAAAAGUACAUCGUCGGUGGACACAUCGCCGAGUACAUGGAGUCCCUCGAGGAGGAAGAUGACGAGAGGUUCAAGAAGCAGUUCUCGACCUACCUUGCCGACGGUGUCGGUUCCGAGGACAUCGAGGAGGUCUUCACCGCCGCCUACGCCGCCAUCCGAGAGGACCCCGAGUUCAAGCCCACCGAGAAGGACACCGCCAAGUGGACCGCCGAGUCCAAGAAGUACAAGUCCCCCAAGCUCACCUACGAGCAGAGGCAGGCCAGGGUCGAGGAGAAGAUCGCCGCCUACAAGGCCGGUCAGGCUUCCGACGACGAGGAGUAGAUUCGCGCUCUUCGCGAAACGAUGCCUUGACGAACGAAUCCACUCCACGAUGCUUUUUGUACUCCGUUCAUGACGCUCGCUAUAUUAUGCGCAUGUUCGGGACCUUUCUGUCGCGUUUCAUAUCCGUCGGUACCGACUGUUCACGUAUGAAUGCCAGAACACGCCUCUUCCCCAGUGGCUUAGAUCAGAUGAUACUCGCACUAUGUACACAUGGGCUCU